AUGGCCACCAUCGCCCGCUCAGAUCUCCAAGCCUUGGGAUCAUCAGUUACUACCGCCUCUUCCAUAACUGAUGUAACCCACCUCUCCUCGUACAACUGGAUCGAAGCAGCCGAGCCCACCAUCGCUGUGCCAGGAAGCCCGCCUUCGUGGACGCCCUCAAACUAUCCCCAGAAAGUCCCACAAGAUUGCGGUUUUGUGUACAUCGCCCAGAAUGCCGCCAGACACCCGGAUAGUCCCCUCGAGCCGCUGUUCCGAUCCCUCUUCCAUACCAACCCAACCUUCGACAUCUCCUCGGUCGACGUCAUUACAGAUCGCAAUAAUAUCCGGAAGCUGCUGUACUUUGUGAACCCAAAGCUGAACGGGUAUCGCCCCGAGCCAUUUACGAUUAAGGCCGAAGUCGUUGGCAAAACCAUCAUCUUCUCUCGCGACGAAGCGGCGACCUACGAGAUCAUAGAGCCUCACCAGUUUCGGGGAUUUGGCCACAACUUCGAGAAGUUGUACACGUCCCCUGAGAUUAUGGGGAGCACUGGACAUCACAGAAUCAUCUCGUAUUCCUUCGGCGGGCUGAAAUUCGUCGUGCGGCAUGAAACGGACGGCUACAUGAAGACCCCUCCCUCUCCCGACGCCAGUCCACGCCAGACACAGGACGAGACCAGCCUCUCUGGCAUGAUGAGCACCUUGUCUGUCUCUCCUACCACCGUUGGCCACGCCAUUGCUGGAUCCAAGCUAUCUAUGUGCCAUGUCGGCAAGGAGGUGCCUAUUGAAUCCACGCUGGAAAUCAAAACCCGUGCAAUGACGAGGCGCCUUGAGAUCUCAGAUGUCGCGGUCCAGCUGUGGGUUUCUCAGACGCCCAUGCUCGUCAGAGCCUAUCAUAACAGAGGCACCUUUCAGAAACCAGAGGUUGAAGAUAUUACCGCUGAGAUCAAAGCCUGGGAGUCUGAACACGAGCAGGACCUCAAGAUGCUCGGCGGGCUAAUCCAGAAAAUCGUGUCGACAGCUAAAGAAUGUGCCGGAAGCGUCGCGAUCAAGUGUGACGUAUCUCAAGAUGAAUUGCAGAUUGAAAAGACAGCUGCUGCACCGAUUCUGCCCGAAGACUUGUACUCUCGCUGGGAUAGCAAAAAGACAAGCACAAGUCAAGAUGCCCGGACUGGCGACGAGUCUGUUACGCGUGCACAUGGAAGUGGACCGAAAGGGCUUGAAGACGCGCCCUUUUCCGAUGUCAUCCAAGCCGGUCUGGACAAGGGAUUUCGCCAUGUCUUUCGCAACAUGUCGGAGAACCUCGCUGACUACCAAGAGCUCUGCAACUCCAUGAAGCGCCUCGGAAUCGACGUAUUGCAGGGCCGCCAAAUCCGCGACCUGAUGAGUGAUAUGAGACAAGGAAAGGGCGAUUAUGAUCCCGAGGAACGUCGGACAUUCAGUUUCAAGAGCCUUGCCCGAGAUUCGGCAUUCAGGCUCCUAUACUCCUUCCUUGACGGGACUGUUUCAGAUCGUAACAGGGCGUAUGAGGCCACCUUGUUUGUGGUUUCGCACCCUGGGAUAUUCAAGCAUAAAACCCGGAAGAUGGUCCUGGCGGCUUAUUACUCCCAGUUUGUGGCCUCGGACAAGCAACGACGGAUUCUGGACCAGUGGCAGGCCAAGUGGGAAUCGAGCCGCGGGUCCAACGACCUGGAUGUGACGACUGAAGAGCUGGAAGUCAGAGUGUGA